AUGAUUCAGGGAGAGAAAAAUGGAAAUGGUUUGAAAAUUCUUUCGAGGAAGAAACGAUAUGUUGCAUUUCCUGAAGGGUCGAGUUUUUCGUGCGCAGGAUGUAUGACAGUGGGUCUUAUAGGACAACCUGCACCGUCCACCGCUCCCGGAACCUUCACCUUCGGUAUGAACUGGGGCAUCGCGUACGAGCUGCCAAACAACACUGAGACUGCACUAUUCUACCGGCGCAAGAAGCACAGGAAGCCGGUGGUGAUGCGCAGGAGUAGGCGGGAACUGUAUGAGAAGUUGGAGAUCAUUCUGGAUAAUAUGGGCUACAACGGCAGGCAAUGUAUAUUGAAAACCCUUUGUGAGACGACCCAACGUCUCGUCCCUCACGGAGGGAACAUGGUCGAAGAAAUAUUUAGGACAAUGUUUACUCUGCCGAUGGCGAAGAUUCUUCCUUCAGAACCAAUGGAGCAUGCUAUCUAUGACGCAGCACAUCGCUUAGGGGUCCUCUUGGAGUCGUGUGAUAACUUCGAAUGUCCACUAUCGUUAGUGGACUUGGCUAAAGGCUACUAUAAUGCACCGGCUCCAUCACUAGAUGUAGCUAGAAGUCCUUGGGCAUUGUUUAGCAGCAGAUUUGGAUAA